AUGCGGCAAGUAGAACAAGCGAAGGAAGCUCAGGUGAAACAGAUUCGGCAAAGAAAACUGGCCACAAACUCAAUAACAAGAUCCGACUACAAACCCAAUAAAAAGGUUAUUUGGGUAACAAGAAUGGAAUGGGUUGUGGAAGAUUCGAACGUGACAGGAGUGGUGGAACUCAAGGACACCAACAAAUUUGAAGGGUGGUGGCGGUGGUGGAUACGAAAGGCGGCAGCUGUGGUUACCGUGCAAAACAAUUUGAAACAUUUAAUGAUUAGACUCAACGACAUAGAGUUGGCCACAGAUAACUUCUCAGAGAAAUAUAAGAUUGACACUCUCUCUAAUGCUUUUGUUUACAAAGCUAAACUCGAAUGUUUAGAUAAAGAAUAUCUUUCCACCAUAGAUUGGAAAAAUAAUGACGAACUACCCAAAAGACAGUACACUGUAAAAAUAGAACUCAUCUAUGUCCCAAGUGAUGAGGUGUAUAAUAAAAUAGAAAUACUUGGAAAUUGUAAUCAUCGCAACAUAGAAACUCUUCUUGGGUUUUGUAAGAAAGGUCGGGAUACGAUACUUGUCUAUGAGUAUGUUUCUACUAGAUGCUUUAGAGAUUAUUUGGAUAAAGAAGUUCUUACUUGGGAAAAACGUUUGAAAAUUUGUCUUGAUAUUGCACAUGGACUAAAUUACCUUCACCAUGAGAUGGAUGGCCAAAAGAGAGUAAUAUACCAUGAUUUAGAUAGUGGCAACAUUGUGUUGGACGACAAUUGGGUAGCAAAAGUUAUUGGAUUUGAAAAAUCGAGAUACCUUUCUACGUAUCAAGAUGAUGAUGCUCUCUAUCUCAAUGACCCUGUUAACUUUUACUAUUAUACGGAUCCAGAAUUUGUAGAGACUGGAAAGCUAAAGAGAGAAUCAGAUAUAUAUAGUUUUGGAGCAAUUAUGUUUGAAAUAUUAUGUGGGAUGACGGCCCUAGUUGCAUUGUCAAAAGGUAUAUGGUUGGAUGUCUCCGUGUGGGGAUGGUUGGAAGAGGGAGUGAUAAAUCAAAAGGUGGCUCGUAUAUUAAAGGGAGAAAAUGGUGAACAUAAUUUUAUGUUAAAGAGAGGACCUAACAAAGAUUCUUUGGACACAUUUAUAAACAUUGCAACCCAAUGUUUUGCAAAAAAGCAAAAUCAACGUCCAACGAUAAAGAUCGUCAUCAACGAACUUGAGAAAGCAUUGUCAUUUCAAGAAAACAACAAGGACAUUAUAAGGAUGUCGUUAGAAGACAUUAAUUUGGCCACACAAGACUUCAAUUGCGCCAAUGUCAUCGGAGGGGGAGGUUUUGAGAGGGUAUACAAAGGUGAAGUUGCAGAAAAAGAUGGUAAUGGUCAUUAUAUGAUUGUUGCAAAGAAGUUAGAUAUACGGCAUGGUCAAGGGGAGAAACAAUUUUACAAUGAGUUACAAAUUCUUUACGAAUAUAAGCAUGAGAACAUCAUUGAUCUUGUAGGCUAUAGCGACGAAACAGAUGAAAAAAUCAUUGUUUAUGAACAUGCACCUAAGGGGAGCCUUGAUAAGUAUUUGAGUGAUACUAGUCUUACAUGGAAAAAUCGUCUAAAGAUAUGUAUCGAUUUUGCAACUGGGUUGGACUUCCUUCAUGGUGGUGGUCAUGGACAAGAGGUGGUGAUACACAGGGACAUCAAAGCUGCUAAUAUUUUAUUGUUUGAAGAUUGGAAAGCAAAAGUUGGUGAUUUUGGUCUUUCAAUGAUAAGUACAGUAAAAAGAGAUACAGACUAUGUCAUCGAUCAUGCUUGCGGUACAAAAGGAUACUUGGAUCCAUUGUACUUAAAAUCGGGUUUCUUAACCGUAAAAUCGGACAUUUAUUCAUUUGGGGUGGUCUUGUUUGAGAUCUUAUGUGGAAGAACAACAUUCACAAUCCACAAACUUAAGGGACACUUAUUACCAAGUUUUAUUAAGCAAGUCUUCAAAGAAGGAAAACAAGGUGAGGUGAUAUUUCAUGCUAUAAAGGAUGAAAUUGUGCCAAAAUCAUUGACUACAUUUCAAAACAUUGCCUACCAAUGCUUAGAUAAUGAUAGAGAAAAACGACCAACAACAAAAGAAAUUUUAACAGAACUUAAAAAGGCAAUGGAAUUUCAGGUGACCCGAGGUCAAAGAUUCUAUUUGACUUAG